GCUAAAACUUAAGUUCCUAAAUCUCUCAACAAAUUGGUGACCUUAGAUCGGUUUAUAGAUAACGAUUGCUUAUAAUUUGAGGCUAAAAAGAAAGAUAUUUUCAAAAUCGGAUUCGAUUGUGUAAAAUCGGGUCGAUCAAUCUUACGUAUUCUGAUAGAGUCGGUCAGUGAUUCCUUAUUUAUUCCAUGGUUUCCACCUGAAAACUCCGAUCUCUCAAUCGUCAUCCCUUUUUGUUACCAACACCGUCGCCGGUAGAGUGAUCAAUAUGGGUGGUGGAGUAGUCAUGAGAGCCGCCGCGAAGGUCGCUGGGAUGGGGGUCUUUAACGGUAGCCUUCGUGGCGCCGGAAACCCCAUCGUUUCCACCGCUCGUCAGGCCAGUGUUUCCGUCGCGUCCGUCGUUUCUUCUUCCGAUGAUGUGAAAUUAGCCAUCGCUAAUAAUGAAAACAAGGCGAAUUCAUCGGUAGAGAAGGUCUAUGAUGAUUGGGAAUUGGCUGGCUCCGAAGACGAGCUUUUUAUCGAGGCGAGAGAGCCGAAGCCUAGGGUGGUUUUCGGCGGUGCUCCUACUAUUCAAGAGGCCAAACAAGCCACUUAUGAUCUUAAUGAUGCUCUUCAGAAGACUUAUCUGUCUCCGAAUGCAACCAAUGGUCAAGUGUUAUCGGCUUUUUCAAAUUCUGAAAAUGUGGAGACGAAGAAUUGUCUUGUUAGUGAAUCGUCAGUAUCAAGCCAUGCAAUCAAAGCUUUUAAGCUUCUUAACGAAAGCCCAUCUGCACAGAAUGUUGUUGCUUCAAUUGCUUCUGAUCCAAAUGUGUGGAAUGCCGUUUUGAAAAACGAGGCCCUUGUGGAAUUCCUCGAGAAUCAUCAAUCAAGUGUUGUUUUUCCGGAGUUUGAUCUAGAUGGAAAGGGUUCUUCGACUGAUGAGAGUGAAUCGAAAUCUGAAUCUGGAAAGGGUUUCAUGGAUUAUGUGAUGGACAUCAAACAUAAAGUUACAGUUACAGUGGUUGACAUGAUGAACAGUUUAUCUGAUACCUUUCAGACCCUUUUCGGUGGUGCACCAAAAGGAGAAUUGACUGUGAAUCCAGAUGGAACUGCUGGAAUAUCAAUGGAGAAAACCGCCAUUGGAGCAACUCUUAUGGGAUUGGCAAUCAUGGUUAUUACUGUGGUAAUAACUAAACGUUCUUAGAAUAUCAUCUUCUUAUUUGUCGAAACUUCAAGUUCUCUUUUACCUGUUUUGCAUAUAUAGUUUGCAUACGUUUAUUUUCACGAGUCAUGUUCUUAUGUUUUGAGCUUAUUGCCAUAAAACUAGCUUAAAAAAGCUAUUUGAAAUAGCUUAAGUAGUUAAGCUAAUGGCAAAAUUGUCAAAUAUACCCUUAAUGAAAAAUAGGUUCAAGUUUUUAAAGCAUACUUAAGUAGUAUUUUAAAAUUUUCUAAUUUAGUAUAUCAAAAUGCACAAAUAUAAGAGAAUGUAUGUCAUCAUUUUUAUCAUUUAGUAAUAGUAUAUAUAUGGGUUUUCUUAACCGUUAAACUUUAUUAGGGUUUAAUUGUUGACUUCAAGUUUUUUAUUAGACGAUUAGUGGUUAUAAAGGCUAGCUUAGAGGCUGUUUGUAAGCCUCAUACUGGUUUCAUUAAAAGUCAACAUUUUAAUCUUUAAAUAUCAAGAUUGUUUGGUAACAUUAAAUAUUAUUUCCGUCUAUUUAUGAACUUUUUUUUUGGUGAAAAUAUGGUCUUUGCCCUCUUCUUACCACUUCGUACCAACAUUCACCAAAUUCAAGUGGGUUAAAAUAUUUUUCUAUCGACAAUUCUAAAAUUAUUAUUUAUAAACUGAAUCAUAUAUAUUUACUUGCAUGCCUGAAAUAUCGGUUAGUAUUCUUCGAUUUAUCUCCCGAUUAAAGUGAUGUAAUUUAGCUAUCAUUUUUUUUCUCUUAUUCUUAAUCACAUUUAGAUAAUAUUUC